GGGUGGUGAAAUCACUAUAUAUAAGCCAGUCAGUGUGCAGCCACAUUCACACGGCAUCCUGAAUUCCUUAAACUUGUUGCUUAUGUGGCGUAUUGAAGCGUCUGCCUAAGCAUGAAAAUUUUGCUACUAUCUGUAGCCUUGCUCUUCUUUACAGGAGCACAGGGGCGCUACUUUUGGCAACAAGAUGAACCUACCGAAGAACAAACUAUAGAGAAAGCUAUUGAACAUGGGGUUUCAAUCAUAACAAGUAUUUUCGAAAGCCUGGAUUUCCAAGCGAUUAAAAAGGAAUAUCAUAUUGAAGAGAAGUGGGAAGCUGCAAAGAUACAUUCCAAAAAGCUAGAGAAAGCUCUGGAAAGGUACUUUGAAGAAGUAUGGAAAAGAUUCGAUGAGAAGCUUACUGAGGAGCUCCCAGUGUUUAGAAAGGACGUGCUCCCGAUUUUGAACGAGUUCGAUGAUAAGUUAGUCGAGCAUUUAAAGAAAUUUGUAAAAGAAACAGUGCCAGUUGGAUCUGACAUGGUAACUGGAAUAAGUAAGUCUGUGUCACAUUUCUUUGAAAAUCUUGAAAGUAUUGCAGAAAAGGGUCGGGACAACGUGCGUGCUGAUAUAGACAGCCUGCGUGUCAAACUGCAACCCUAUAUGAAUGAUUUACAUGCAGAAUAUGAGAGAUAUAACGAAAAAAUCAAAGAUGAAUUACAGAAGGACGCAAAGGAGCUGAAGGAAGGUGUAGCGAAGAACGUGGAGAAGGUCAAGGAACACUUAGCAGACAAGCUUCCAGAUGGCAAAGAAUUGCAUAAACAAGUUGAGGCAUUGUUUAAGGAGAUUAAACAAUAUUUCGAAAGCCUCCAAUAAGGGCAACUCAAGAAAUAACCAGAGAAGAAAUGUCCUUGUGAUUUCUAAGUCUAUUGAGCUAAAAUGAAUGUUUCUGUAAAGCAUUCCUAAUAUUUUCACUCUACCUCUUGAUACCACCUUGAGUGUAAUACCACCAAUCUUCCAUUCAUAUAAAAUUUUCAUCAAAGCUU